AUGGAGCAGUGGCGGCAAUGCGGCCGCUGGCUCAUCGACUGCAGGGUCCUGCCGCCCAACCACCGCGUCGUCUGGCCCUCGGCCGUGGUCUUCGACCUGGCCCAGGCGCUGCGCGACGGCGUCCUGUUGUGCCAGCUGCUGCACAACCUCUCCCCCGGCUCCAUCGACCUCAAGGACGUCAACUUCCGGCCGCAGAUGUCCCAGUUCCUCUGUUUGAAGAACAUCCGCACCUUCCUGAAAGUCUGCCAUGACAAGUUCGGACUUAGGAACAGCGAGCUGUUUGACCCCUUCGACCUCUUCGAUGUCCGGGACUUCGGGAAGGUCAUCUCCGCCGUGUCAAGACUCUCCUUGCACAACUUGGCUCAGAACAAAGGGAUCAGGCCCUUCCCCUCGGAGGAGACCGCGGAGAAUGACGAGGACGUGUACCGCAGCCUGGAGGAGCUGGCAGAUGAGCACGGCGUGGGCGAGGACAUCUAUGACUGCGUCCCGUGCGAGGAUGACGGCGACGACAUCUACGAGGACAUCAUCAGGGUGGAGGUGCAGCAGCCCAUGAUUAGAUACAUGCAGAAAAUGGGCAUGACAGAGGAUGACAAGAGGAACUGCUGCCUGGUGGAGAUCCAGGAGACGGAGGCCAAGUACUACCGGACACUGGAGGACAUCGAGAAGAACUACAUGGCGCCCCUGAGGCUGGUGCUCAGCCCGACAGACAUGGCAGCCAUCUUCAUCAACCUGGAGGAGCUGAUCAAGGUGCAUCACAGCUUCCUGAGGGCCAUCGACGUGUCCAUGAUGGCGGGCGGCGGCUCGCUGGCCAAGGUCUUCCUGGACUUCAAGGAGAGGCUCCUGAUCUACGGGGAGUACUGCAGUCACAUGGAGCAUGCCCAGAACACACUGAACCAGCUCCUGGCCAGCAAGGAGGACUUCAGACAGAAAGUCGAGGAAUGCACCCUGAAGGUCCAGGACGGGAAGUUCAAGCUGCAGGACCUGCUGGUGGUCCCCAUGCAGAGGGUACUCAAAUACCACCUGCUCCUCAAGGAACUUCUGAGCCAUUCCACUGACCGGCCGGAGAGGCAGCAGCUCAAAGAAGCGCUGGAGGCCAUGCAGGACUUGGCCAUGUACAUAAACGAAGUUAAACGGGACAAAGAGACCCUGAAGAAAAUCAGCGAAUUUCAGAGCUCUAUAGAAAACUUGCAAGUGAAACUGGAGGAAUUCGGGAGACCGAAGAUCGAUGGGGAGCUGAAGGUCCGGUCCAUAGUCAACCACACCAAGCAAGACAGGUACUUGUUCCUGUUUGACAAGGUGGUCAUCGUCUGCAAGAGGAGGGGCUACAGCUACGAGCUGAAGGAGAUUAUAGAGCUGCUCUUCCACAAGAUGACCGACGACCCCAUGAACAACAAGGACGUCAAGAAGUCUCACGGGAAGAUGUGGUCCUAUGGCUUCUAUCUCAUUCACCUGCAAGGCAAGCAAGGCUUCCAGUUUUUCUGCAAGACAGAGGACAUGAAGAGGAAGUGGAUGGAGCAGUUUGAGAUGGCCAUGUCAAACAUCAAGCCCGACAAGGCCAACGCCAACCACCACAGCUUCCAGAUGUACACGUUCGACAAGACCACCAACUGCAAAGCCUGCCGUAUGUUCCUCAGGGGAACUUUCUACCAGGGGUACGUCUGCACCAAGUGUGGCGUCGGGGCGCACAAGGAGUGUCUGGAAGUGACCCCUCCCUGCAAGAUCAGUUCUCCUGCAGACCCGGAAGCCUCUGGAGCGGGGCCAGGUCCCAAGAUGGUGGCCGUGCAGAAUUACCUUGGCAACCCUGCUCCCCCCGGGAAGCCGGUGCUGACCUUCCAGACGGGCGAUGUGAUUGAGCUGCUGAGAGGCGACCCCGAGUCUCAGUGGUGGGAGGGUCGGCUGGUGCAGACCAGGAAGUCAGGCUACUUCCCCAGCUCGUCUGUGAAGCCCUGUCCUGUGGAUGGAAGGCCACCCAUCAGCCGGCCACUGUCCCGGGAGAUGGACUACACGGCGUACCCCUGGUUUGCCGGAAAUAUGGAGAGGCAGCAGACCGACAACCUGCUCAAAUCCCACCCCAGCGGGACCUACCUAAUCAGGGAGCGGCCAGCGGAGGCCGAGCGCUUUGCCAUAAGUAUCAAGUUCAACGACGAGGUGAAGCACAUUAAGGUGGUGGAGAAAGACAGCUGGGUCCACAUCACAGAAGCCAAGAAAUUCGAGAGCCUCUUGGAGCUGGUGGAGUACUACCAGUGCCACUCGCUCAAGGAGAGCUUCAAGCAGCUGGACACCACACUCAAGUACCCGUACAAGGCCCGGGAACGCACAGCCUCCAGGGCCUCCAGCCGCUCCCCAGCUUCCUGCGCUUCCUACAACUUUUCUUUUCUCAGUCCUCAGGGCCUCGGCCUUGCUUCUCAGGGCUCCUCCACGCCCUUCUGGUCAGCAGUGUUUACACCCCGUGUCAUCGGCACGGCUGUGGCCAGGUACAACUUCGCUGCCCGUGACCUGCGGGAGCUCUCGCUGCGGGAAGGUGACGUGGUGAAGAUAUACAGCCGCAUCGGUGGGGACCAGGGCUGGUGGAAGGGCGAGACCAACGGCCGGGUGGGCUGGUUUCCUUCGACGUAUGUAGAAGAGGAGGGCGUCCAGUGACAGCAAGAUCACGGACAGGACUUGCGGGUUUUCUUGGACGAGUUGCUCCAGCGAUGAAGUCUGUCUCCAGCUCUGCAACUCAGAGGGGAAAUGCCCGCCAGCCUUCCAGUCUUCAGCAGCCCGUGGGGGUGGGGAGGGGUUCAGAGCCUACAUGUGGUCUGUGCUGCCAUCAGCCUGCCCUUGGUGGCCUGUCCUGGGUACGCUGCUUGUACAUAGAGGAAAUCUGGGCCAGC